AUGAGCAGCCUGUGCUUACAGCGUUUACAAGAGGAGAGAAAGAAAUGGAGAAAAGACCAUCCAUUCGGGUUUUACGCCAAACCUACUAAGAAAGCAGAUGGCUCCAUGAACUUGCAGCGAUGGGAGGCUGGGAUACCUGGCAAAGAAGGAACUAUCUGGAGAGAGGGAGUUUAUCCCAUCACCAUUGAAUACCCAGAUGAUUACCCCUCCAAACCUCCAAAAGUUAAGUUUCCUGCUGGGUUUUAUCACCCUAACGUCUACCCAAGUGGUACCGUUUGCCUGAGUAUCCUAAAUGAAGAUCAGGAUUGGAGACCUGCUAUAACCCUGAAACAAAUCGUGUUGGGGGUUCAAGAUUUAUUGGAUAGCCCAAACCCUAAUUCACCAGCUCAGGAGCCAGCUUGGCGGGCAUUUUCGAAAAACGUUAAGGAAUACGAAAGAAAAGUAAUAGAUCAAGCCAAGAAAUAUGUUAAAUAG